UCUACAGAAUUUUUUAUCAUAAACGUUCAACAUUAUUUAACAUUAACAAAGAACAAUAUACUUUCGCAGCAUAUUAAUCAUAAUUAAUCUUAAUCUCAAUAUAUAGGCUAUUAAUACAUUUUUGAAAUCAAAUGUUGUGUUUGUUAACACAAGUUAAUGCACUAUGAUGGAACAAUUAUAUUUUUAUUAACUAACAAUAACAAAGAUUAAUAAAUGCUGCAAACAAUAUGAUUCAUUGUUAAUUGUUUGUUCAUGAUACCUAACGCAUUGACUAAUGCUAACUAAUGGAACCUUAAUGUAAAGCGUUACCAAUAAAUAUACAUAAAAGAAUCUCGUUAUUAUGAACGUGCGGAUUCAUUAUUACGUAACAAGUGAAUUUGUACUGAAGCCAGUUUUAACACGAUACAGAUGAUGACACGCCCACCAUCUCAUGAGAGUUUCAAAACGCUAAACUGGCAGAGUUUCGUCUAAAGUUUGAAUAAAGAUGGCAGAAAUUGUGCACAUGAUUGACAGCGAGGUCUUCCUGGCCUUCUCUACUUAUGCAACCAUAGUCAUCCUCAAAAUGAUGCUCAUGAGCCCCAUAACCUCAUACUAUCGAUUGACAAAAAAGGUUUUUUCCAACUUGGAGGACACCAGCUUGGUCAAGACUUCUGAAGACAGAAAGAAGUUGGUCAGGGUCGAUCCAGAUGUGGAAAGAGUGCGAAGAUGCCACCAGAAUGACCUGGAGAACAUCAUUCCCUUUGUGGUAAUUGGUCUUCUGUAUGCACUCACAGGGCCGGAUCUCUCAUCUGCUCUUUUGCACUUCCGGUUGUUUGUGGUUUCACGUAUCAUCCACACUGUGGCCUACGUGAUGGCUCUGCCCCAGCCUAGCAGAGCUCUGGCCUGGAUUGUGGGGCUGUUCACAACUUUCUCUAUGGCUUACAGAGUGCUCACCACUGCUCUCUUUCUCUAAAGGAUAGCACUCACCUCGUUUGAAAACCUUUUGUUAUCGUUUACAUGCUUUUUGCAGUCUUGCGUGAAAGAAUACUCAUUUUUUCCUUUUUUUAUUGAGCUACAUUUUUAGUGUGUAUUCUGUUGUCUUCCUGUGCCUCACUCGCAAUGAUGCUCCUGAAAACCCGAAAUACCGCUUUGUACUGCUGGAUAAUCUUUAACAGCUCCUGGCAUGCAUAGUGGGAUGAGUCUAAUUUGAUCAAUACUGUACAUUGCUCAAACAUUUGUUUUGUUUUUUGUUACUUAUUAAUCACAAACUUUGAUCAACAGCUUCAGAUUGUUUUAGAUUAGUAAUCAUUAAUAAUUUGUCCCAUGUAAGUAAUUAAAAACUACUCAAAUCUGUGCACAUUUUUAGCAGUUCUGUUCUAGUUGUGAAGGUAUAUGAACAUUAAAGCUAGAAAAUAGCAUUCUGAUUUCAUGAAGCAUGUUCAUCUAUAGAAACUUAUAAUACUAAUGCAAAGUAACUUAAUAGAUUCUUGAAGGUUAUUGUGAAAAGUUUUAAACAAUUUUUUCCAUACAGUUUUUUUUUUAAAGUUUAUUAAUGGAGUGACUUGUGUUUGAAAAUAAAAGGAAAGUAUUAAAUGCGUUUAAAGUGUUUUACCCA